AUGACCUUUGUGAAUGUAUUGUGCAACAGGAGCAACUGGGAGUUCAGUAUUUUGCCCAAGGACACUUCGACACGAUCACGGGAGGACGGUAGAUCAAACCCGCAACUUUCAGGCGAGAACAGUUGUGGUUCUCUAAAGCAGUGGCUCCAGUCAGCUGCUGUUUCGGUGGAGAUCAAGAACAGGGGUUUCCAUAGGGAGGUAGAGACCACAGUUGAGCUCCACCAUUAUGUGUUCAAGAAGGUCAGCGUUUUGCUGCUUCAUAGAUGGCCCAGUGGCGUCUAUGUGGACCCCUACCAGCUCUCUUUCCUGACUGAUAAAGUUGACUGGCAAAUAUUAGUGGGCUCGGCCAUUGAUUUGGAGGUUCCUGCACACCAGUCUUUGGGAUUUGUAACCUAUGUUUACCCCACCUUCACUGAGCCGCUGAAAGUCACCAUUCCAAUACACGGCCGCUACCAUCCGCCCUCCUUUGCUGGGGGAACAUAUGAAUUCAUCACCAUAGACCCCCCAGAGCUGCUUUUGCGGACGGAAGAAUGUUCAGAGUGGAACAAUUUAGAGCCUCACACAGCGAUGGAAGCCCCCUGCACUGCUGAUAAUACAAGUACAUGUCUGUGGGUUAACGUGAACCAUCAAAAGAAGCACAGCCAUGACACCCUGCAGUUACCAAUAGGUGAUGGUUCCUUGGUGAGACCAGUUUGCACUGUAACGCUGCUGGUCACCAUCAUGUGCUGCUUGGCACUUUCCAAAUACAUGUGGAAGUAUCGUAUUGUUUAAAAUGUUUUCUUUCAUUACUUUAAAGCAUUACCUGCUUUUUGUGCACUGUAAAGAUUUAUUUAAAAAAAAACAACCUUUUCCCACUCAAGUUUCUUAACUGCAAAUCCAUCCAUCCAUCAAUUUUCUAUGCCACUUCUCAUUAGGGUCGCGGAGGUAUGCUGGAGCCUAUCCCAGCUGAUUUCAGGCGAGAGGCGGGGUACACCGGACUGGUCGCCAGCCAAUCACAGGGCACAUACAGAACCCCUGGCAAAAAUUAUGGAAUCACCAGUCUCGGAGGAUGUUCAUUCAGUUGUUUAAUUUUGUAGAAAAAAAGCAGAUCACAGACAUGACACAAAACUAAAGUCAUUUCAAAUGGCAACUUUCUGGCUUUAAGAAACACUAAAAGAAAUCAAGAAAAAAAGAUGUGGUAGUCAGUAACAGUUACUUUUUUAGACCAAUCAGAGGGAAAAAAUUACGGAAUCACUCAAUUCUGAGGAAAAAAUUAUGGAAUCAUGAAAAAAACAACAACAAAAGAAUACUUCAACACACCACUAGUACUUUGUUGCACCACCUCUGGCUUUAAUAACAGCUCGCAGUCUCAGAGGCAUGGACUUAAUGAGUGACAAACAAUACUCUUCAUCAAUCUGGCUCCAACUUUCUCUGAUUGCUUUUGCCAGAUCAGCUUUGCAGGUUGGACCAUUUUCUUCAACUUCCACCACAGAUUUUCAAUUGGAUUGAGAUCCGGACUAUUUACAGGCCAUGACAUUGACCUUAUGUGUCUUUCUUCAAUGAAUGUUCUCACAGUUUUUUCUCUAUGGCAAGAUGCAUUAUCAUCCUGAAAAAUGAUUUCAUCAUCCCCAAACGCCCUUUCAAUUGAUGGGAUAAGAAAAGUGUCCAAAAUGUCAACGUAAACUUGUGCAUUUAUUGAAGAUGUAAUGACAGAGAACAUGCAAACUCCACACAGAAAUGUUAACUGCAAAUAAUUUGUUUCAAAUAUAGUACGUGGUUGAAGAAAUAAGGAUUUCCAGCCAUGGCAAAACAACGUUAGAUAUGACACAUGGCACAAGUUAUGUUUUUUAUUGUUUUUUUAUUAUUUUUUUUUUAAAUAAUAAAACUAAGGUCAAAUAAAAAAAUUACUAAAAUGGAAAUAAAGUCUUAAUUUUAUGAAAAUAAGGUAAUUUGGGGGGAAUUAGGUCACAGCACUUGAUGGGAAAAAAAAUGAAGGAGAAAAAAAUAAAAUAUAAGAAUAAAGUCCGAAAAAGUAACCAUUUUACAAGAAUAAUCCAACUAGAAAAGUCACAAUAUUAUGAGGGGGAAUAAAGUGAGCAUAAAACGAAAGGUAGUAGCAAAAUCUGUUACAAAAAUGGAGUUGUAAUAGUAUGGGGAAAGUAAUAAUUUUGUAAGCAUAAAGCCAUUAUAUGACAGUCUUUGCAAACAGUAUAUACUAAAUAAUAAUAAAUAAUACAUAAUAAAAAAAUACAUCUGUUUAUCCAUUUUAAACGACAGUUUAUUCAGCUGAAGCCAAUAAAACAAUUGAUAAUGAUUACAAAUGUGUGUAAUAUGAACUGUAAUAAAUAAUGGAAGAAAAAAAAACGCAAGCAUGAAAUUAAAAACUGUGUGUGUUAAAAUGUAUAAAAAGUAAAGUAAACUUCUACUUGAAAUACUAUAGUUACAUUAUGUAUAAUAGACCACAUGUACGUAUGUUGCAUACAGUAGGUAUAAAUACAUUGUCGGACUACUGUACCCAUAAUGCCUUUGGACUAAUAGUCCAUUUUUGACGCUUCAAUGCCUCAACAAUCACCUUAUAGUGUACCUUAUAGACUUUUAUCAACAGUGUGUACUUUUUGUGAGUCUUUGGUCUUCAGAAACUUGAUCGUCCAUUCAUUUUAAAACACCUGUUAUUAUUGUAUUGAACAGGCAGGGCUGGGUUGCUACUUCCGCUUCCUGUUUCGCCGUAUCGCAAUCAUCGAAGGGCCCCCCAAAAGAAAGAUAGAGGAAAAAAGUUGCGCUGUAAAUCGUUGUCAUUUUACUUUAACUUAUUCAAACCACAGAGCCCUCACCGUUUCAGAUGAAGUACUUUUCCCGGAUUUUCAAAAAGUAUUUUUUUUUUUUUAAA